AUGACCACGAGCUUCGGCAUCAGGAAGAGCGGCGAUGCUAUGUCCCCUCGCAAUCCUCUGCUAGCUGAGAUGGACGGCCUGACUCUGUUGAAGCGUGACCACGACUCGCUACGCAUCCUCUUCUCUCUCUUUCGCGAAGAGGACGAGCUCGAGAAGAAGGAGCGCCUCGCCGAUGAGAUCAUCAAGGAGCUGUGCAUUCACACUUCAGAGAAGCUUCUGUACCCUCUGGCGGAGCGCUUCCUCUUCAACGGCUCCGCGUUCGUGAAGGAGCACCUCGACCAACACUCGAAGCUCGAGCGCGCGAUGAGCGACGUGAUGUACAUCAAACCGCUCGACCCCUACUUUGACGACAAGAUGCGCUUCAUCAUGGACAAUGCCGAGGCGCACUUCAAGGAGGAAGAGGAGCGCCUCUUUGCCCGGCUUCACGAUAACGUCAAGCGCGAUGUGCUGCUCACCAUGAGCUACAAGAUCCAAAAGGCCCGGAUCAACGCCCCAACCAGACCUCAUCCGAACAUGCCCAAGCGAGGCGUGCUGGGCAAGUGGGCCACACGGCUGGCCGCCACCAUGGACUCCGUCGCCGACUCCCUCACCACCCGCGUCACCGCCCAGUAG